AUGUUGAAACAUCUUGAGCUUGGGGCAGUCUUUCUGAUGUCCUGCACUGUACUUUUGCACCUGCUGUUUCAUGUCCCCGAGCGCCUGAUUUGUGUAAAAGGUUUAGGUAGUGAUCACCGGGCAGAUAGUUACCCUCGAAAGAUCGAGUACCAUACAGUCAAGCAGCCGCGGGUACUGUACUUAUGGAUCAUCGAGGAACAACCUAGAAGGCGAUCGCAUGUCCUAGAGCGAUUGUGUCGAGAUACUAAUAAUAAUAACAUUCAGGGAUCGGGCAAUAAUGCGACUUGCGAACCUGAGGGCAAUCCAUACUACUACUAG